GGCGGCGCCGUGGAGCCGCGGCGUCGCUUCCUGACGGGGCGGCGCGCACGGACUCGGCCGGUGCCGGCCGGGACGCGGGGACCCUAGCCUCGCUCGCCCGUCCACUCGCUCGUGUCGCGCGCCCGCGGGGCUGCCAGCCCCCGCUGGGCCGGGGCCAUGCAGGAGAGCCAGACCAAGAGCAUGUUCGUGUCCCGGGCUCUGGAGAAGAUCCUAGCCGACAAGGAGGUGAAGCGGCCCCAGCACUCGCAGCUGCGCAGGGCCUGCCAGGUGGCGCUCGAUGAAAUUAAAGCGGAAAUAGAGAAGCAGAGGCUCGGCGCUGCCGCACCACCGAAAGCAAACUUCAUUGAAGCUGACAAGUAUUUCCUUCCAUUUGAGCUGGCUUGCCAGUCCAAGUCCCCCCGGGUGGUCAGCACGUCCCUCGACUGCUUGCAGAAACUCAUCGCGUAUGGGCACAUCACGGGCAAUGCCCCCGACAGCGGUGCCCCGGGAAAGCGGCUCAUCGACAGGAUUGUGGAAACCAUUUGCAAUUGUUUCCAGGGCCCUCAGACUGAUGAAGGGGUUCAGUUGCAAAUAAUUAAGGCCCUGCUGACGGCGGUGACUUCUCCGCACAUUGAAAUUCAUGAGGGCACCAUCCUGCAAACAGUGCGGACCUGCUAUAACAUCUACCUGGCCAGCAAAAACCUCAUCAAUCAAACCACCGCCAAGGCCACCCUCACCCAGAUGCUAAACGUCAUCUUCACCCGCAUGGAAAACCAAGUGUUGCAGGAGGCCAGAGAAUUGGAAAAACCAGUCCAGUCGAAGCCCCAGUCCCCGGUGAUCCAAGCCGCAGCAGUGUCCCCCAAGUUCAGUCGCUGGAAGCAGAGUCAGGCACAAAGCAAACCGACCACUCCAGAAAAGGCAGAUCUAACCAACGGGGAACACGUCGGGGACGGUUCCGGAAGAGUGGGCUCCGAAAACGGCGACACACACAGAGACAGAGCCGUGUCACUCUCAGGUACGGUAGAUGGAGCCCAGGAGGUGGUGAAGGACAUCCUAGAAGACGUAGUCGCUUCAGCCGUGAAAGAAGCAGCGGAAAAGCAUGGUGUGACAGAACCCGAGAGGGGCUUGGGAGACCUGGAAGGCCAGGACAGUGGCGGUCCCCCCGGGGUUGAUGAGAACUCACAGACCAACGGCAUCGCAGACGACAGGCAGUCCCUGUCAUCAGCAGAUAACUUGGAAUCAGAUGCACAAGGACACCAGGUGGCAGCUAGGUUCUCCCACAUUCUGCAGAAGGAUGCCUUCCUCGUGUUCCGCUCCCUGUGCAAGCUGUCAAUGAAGCCCCUCGGGGAAGGUCCUCCGGAUCCGAAAUCCCACGAGCUGCGCUCCAAGGUGGUGUCGCUGCAGCUGCUCCUGUCCGUGUUGCAGAACGCUGGCCCUGUCUUCCGGACGCACGAGAUGUUCAUCAAUGCAAUCAAGCAAUAUCUCUGCGUGGCCUUGUCCAAAAACGGCGUCUCUUCGGUGCCUGAUGUCUUCGAGCUCUCUCUCGCCAUUUUUCUUACUCUUCUUUCAAAUUUCAAAAUGCACUUGAAAAUGCAGAUAGAGGUCUUCUUCAAAGAGAUUUUCCUGAACAUCUUAGAAACAUCCACUAGUUCUUUUGAGCACAGGUGGAUGGUCAUUCAGACUCUGACGAGGAUCUGUGCAGACGCCCAGUGUGUUGUGGAUAUCUAUGUCAACUAUGACUGCGACUUAAAUGCUGCUAACAUUUUUGAGCGCCUUGUAAAUGAUUUGUCCAAAAUCGCUCAGGGACGAAGUGGGCACGAGCUGGGCAUGACACCUCUGCAGGAGCUCAGUCUGAGGAAGAAAGGCCUGGAGUGCCUCGUGUCCAUCCUGAAGUGCAUGGUGGAGUGGAGCAAAGACUUGUAUGUGAAUCCCAACCACCAGACCAGCGUGGGUCAGGAGAGGCUCCUGGAUCAGGAGAUGGGGGACGGGAAAGGCCUGGACAUGGGCAGGCGGAGCAGUGUGACGUCCAUGGAGUCCACAGUGUCCUCCGGGACCCAGACAGCCGUUCAGGAUGACCCGGAGCAGUUUGAGGUCAUCAAGCAGCAAAAGGAGAUUAUCGAGCAUGGCAUCGAGCUAUUCAACAAGAAACCCAAGAGGGGGAUCCAGUUUCUCCAGGAGCAGGGCAUGCUGGGAACGUCUGUUGAUGAUAUUGCCCAGUUCCUACACCAGGAGGAGCGCCUUGACUCUACCCAGGUAGGAGAUUUUCUGGGAGAAAGCACAAGGUUCAACAAGGAGGUGAUGUAUGCCUACGUGGACCAACUUGACUUCUGCGAGAAGGAAUUUGUCUCAGCCCUGAGGACAUUCCUGGAAGGUUUCCGUCUACCUGGGGAAGCCCAGAAGAUCGACCGGUUAAUGGAAAAAUUUGCUGCAAGAUACAUAGAGUGCAACCAAGGGCAGACACUGUUUGCUAGUGCCGACACGGCCUAUGUCCUCGCAUAUUCCAUCAUCAUGCUGACCACAGACUUACACAGUCCUCAGGUAAAAAAUAAGAUGACAAAAGAGCAAUAUAUUAAAAUGAAUCGAGGCAUCAACGACAGUAAGGAUCUGCCAGAGGAAUACCUCUCCAGCAUCUAUGAGGAGAUAGAAGGCAAGAAGAUCGCCAUGAGAGAGACGAAAGAGCACACAAUUGCAUCCAAAUCCACUAAGCAGAGUGUAGCUAGUGAGAAGCAACGGCGGCUGCUCUAUAACCUGGAGAUGGAGCAAAUGGCGAAGACAGCCAAGGCCCUGAUGGAGGCUGUGAGCCACGCCAAAGCCCCUUUUACGAGCGCCACUCAUCUGGACCAUGUCCGGCCCAUGUUCAAACUGGUGUGGACACCGCUGCUGGCAGCCUAUAGCAUCGGCCUGCAGAACUGUGAUGACACGGAAGUGGCCUCCUUGUGCCUGGAAGGCAUCCGCUGCGCAAUCAGAAUCGCCUGCAUCUUUGGCAUGCAGCUGGAACGAGAUGCCUACGUUCAGGCCCUUGCCCGCUUCUCCCUGCUGACAGCCAGCUCCAGCAUCACCGAAAUGAAGCAGAAGAACAUCGACACCAUCAAGACGCUCAUCACGGUGGCUCACACGGAUGGCAACUACCUGGGGAAUUCCUGGCACGAGAUCCUGAAAUGCAUCAGCCAGCUAGAGCUCGCUCAACUAAUAGGAACUGGUGUGAAGACACGCUACCUAUCUGGGUCUGGCCGGGAGAGGGAAGGGAGCCUGAAGGGCCACACGCUGGCAGGAGAGGAGUUCAUGGGCCUUGGCCUGGGUACUCUGGUGAGUGGUGGAGUGGAUAAAAGGCAGAUGGCCAGCUUCCAGGAGUCUGUCGGGGAGACCAGCUCGCAGAGUGUGGUUGUAGCUGUGGACAGAAUCUUUACUGGAUCUACCAGACUGGAUGGAAAUGCAAUAGUUGACUUUGUCCGCUGGCUGUGUGCUGUGUCCAUGGAUGAACUGGCCUCCCCCCACCAUCCUCGCAUGUUCAGCUUGCAGAAGAUCGUGGAGAUCUCCUACUACAACAUGAAUCGCAUCAGGCUGCAGUGGUCCCGCAUAUGGCACGUGAUUGGCGAUCACUUCAAUAAGGUGGGUUGUAACCCCAAUGAAGAUGUGGCUAUUUUUGCUGUGGACUCAUUAAGGCAACUCUCCAUGAAGUUUCUUGAAAAGGGUGAAUUGGCCAACUUCCGUUUCCAGAAAGAUUUCCUGAGGCCCUUUGAGCACAUUAUGAAGAAAAAUAGGUCCCCCACCAUCCGGGACAUGGUGAUCCGCUGCAUCACCCAGAUGGUGAACUCCCAGGCAGCCAACAUCCGCUCCGGCUGGAAGAACAUCUUUGCCGUGUUCCAUCAGGCUGCCUCUGAUCAUGACGGGAACAUUGUGGAGCUGGCCUUCCAGACCACGGGCCACGUCGUCACCAACAUUUUCCAGCACCACUUCCCUGCCGCCAUCGACUCCUUCCAGGACGCGGUCAAGUGCCUGUCAGAGUUCGCCUGCAAUGCCGCCUUCCCAGACACCAGCAUGGAAGCCAUCAGACUCAUCCGCUUCUGCGGCAAAUACGUGUCGGAGAGGCCUCGGGUGCUGCAAGAAUACACGAGUGAUGACAUGAACGUGGCUCCUGGCGACCGAGUGUGGGUCCGAGGCUGGUUCCCCAUCUUAUUUGAGCUCUCCUGCAUCAUCAACAGGUGCAAGCUGGAUGUGCGGACGAGGGGACUCACGGUCAUGUUUGAGAUCAUGAAAAGCUACGGCCACACAUUUGAGAAGCAUUGGUGGCAGGACCUGUUCCGAAUUGUGUUUCGGAUUUUCGACAACAUGAAGCUGCCUGAGCAACAGUCGGAGAAAUCUGAGUGGAUGACAACAACCUGCAAUCAUGCACUUUAUGCUAUCUGUGACGUGUUUACACAGUUCUAUGAAGCAUUGAAUGAAGUCCUUCUUUCUGAUGUGUUUGCACAAUUGCAGUGGUGUGUGAAGCAAGACAAUGAGCAGCUGGCUCGCUCUGGUACAAACUGCCUAGAGAACCUGGUGAUCUCCAAUGGGGAGAAGUUCAGUGUCGCUGUGUGGGAUGAAACGUGCAGCUGCAUGCGGGACAUAUUCCAGACAACCAUCCCACACGUUUUGCUGACGUGGAGGCCUGCAGGAAUGGAGGACGACUCGACAGAAAAGCCCUGGGACGUCGACCUGGACCGCCAGUCUCUAAGCAGCAUUGACAAAAACGCCUCCGAGAGAGGCCAGAGCCAGCUCUCCAACCCAACCGACGACAGCUGGAAGGGCAGGCCGUAUGCAAAUCAGAAGCUGUUUGCCAGCCUGCUCAUCAAGUGUGUGGUCCAGCUGGAGCUGAUCCAGACCAUCGACAACAUCGUGUUCUACCCUGCAACAAGUAAAAAGGAGGAUGCUGAGCACAUGGUUGCUGCCCAGCAAGACACACUGGACGCAGACAUCCACAUAGAGACAGAGGAUCAAGGCAUGUAUAAGUACAUGUCUUCCCAGCACCUCUUUAAGCUGUUGGACUGCCUGCAGGAGUCCCAUUCCUUCUCGAAGGCCUUCAACUCCAAUUACGAGCAGCGGACCGUCCUGUGGCGAGCAGGUUUUAAGGGCAAGUCUAAACCCAAUCUCCUAAAGCAAGAAACCAGCAGCCUGGCCUGUUGUUUGAGGAUCCUGUUUCGAAUGUAUGUGGAUGAAAACCGCAGGGAUUCCUGGGAAGAAAUACAGCAACGACUUCUAACGGUGUGCAGUGAAGCGCUUGCCUAUUUCAUCACAGUGAACUCUGAAAGCCAUCGGGAGGCCUGGACAAGUCUCCUGCUGUUACUUCUAACCAAAACCCUCAAGAUAAAUGAUGAAAAGUUCAAAGCACAUGCUUCAAGGUACUACCCCUACUUGUGUGAAAUUAUGCAGUUUGACCUGAUCCCUGAGCUCCGAGCAGUGCUGAGGAAGUUCUUCCUGCGGAUAGGUGUAGUCUAUAAGAUAUGGAUUCCAGAAGAGCCACCGCAGGUGCCGGCGACACUGUCACCAGCGUGGUAGCUCUGGCCCCCGCGGCCCACUCCUGCAGCUCUGCAGCUCAUCCCAGCGGGUCAGACGGGGACACCAGGUCAAAGGUCACCCAGGACCGAGGAGCCAGCGUGUCUGCUCGGCUCUCAGGAUGGCCUGGAGAGGGAUGAGCUCCGUGCUGGCCUCAUCCAUGUCCCCGACCAAGGCUUGUGGUGUGUCAUUCACUGUCACCUCCCGGGCAGCUUCGCUCGUCUCUGCCAUUUCACUUCACUUUUUGAACUGUCCAGUCUGUCCUCGUACGUCGUGCUGUCAUCUUCCAGGAGUCCGUGAUUGGCCGGCAACGUUGCGUCAGAGGAAGCCCGCACCUUGAAGAUCCUGAACUUAGCUGUAUAGGUUCACGAUUUCUUAGAGAGUGUGUUAAUAAAACUUUCUUGUAGUGGCGCCCUGCCCCCUGACACAUGCUGGGCUGUUUUUGUUCGAGUGUCUCUCAGUCGUGAGGCAGCCACAGUUAGGUUAGCUGGGGGAAAUGCAGGAAUGGGAACCCUUGUGUUUUGUGCUUUGUUCAUGUCAGAGUAAAUUUUUUUUUAAGUAUUUUACAAAAAAAAAGGAAAAACAUUAUUGGAGGCUGAAUUUAGUCAUUAAGUUAGUAGAAUUAAAGAGCUAUUAAGGUUAAACAGACAGAAGACACAGUGCCUCGUGGCUCUCUCCCUGUCCAGUAGCUCGGGGAAAAUGUGCAGGACAAUGAGCAGUGUGCUGAGGACGGUGAACUGUCCUGGGGUCAGUAUUAACACGGGGAACACAGUGUCCCAGCCCAAUCUGAAACCUACCUAGGAAGCAGUGAUGAAAAUGCAGCAUUUAGCCAGAGUUCAUGUUUCUUUGAGUAAAAAACCUUGCGUUUUUACCUCCCCCGAGUGCGUGUCCUAGCAUGGCUGCUUUGCACAGUCCCUGUAAAGGGCCCCUGGGUGGGAGGACCCCCUCAGCCAGGAGUCAUGGGUGGAGCCAGAGCCAGCCUGGGGCCGACAUUGCUGGUCUGUGGCAACAGUGGAGAGGGCACUCACCCAGCAUCUGCAUUCAUCGCCACCCAGGAGCUGAAUGCCCAGGCAAGGUUGCCUUCCGGACUGCAGCUUGCGUACACACGGGGCUGUCAUGCGUGGGACCCGGGGCCCACAAGCAGCAUAGGUGGAAACUCGGUUUAUUCUGAGUGUUGGAGAAAAACAUGCUUCAUAGUCUGCCCUCAUCCACUGCUCACCUGGAGCACCAGGGAGCGUUUCAAAAGUGUUUGCAGAGUCCCUGAGCCCUCAGACUGCUGCCCCGCGCCCUUAGUCCCGGAAACUGGCUUGUUGGCUGUCAACUCUGGUGCCUUAGGAGUCAGUCAUUUGGGAAGCUGUGAAAUCAGCUGGUCUUUUUCCCUCUUCUGGAGGAGGAUUUCUGGUGCUUUUGCUAAGAGGCCGCUUUCUUCUUAAGUUCUCGUUUUGUUCUGAACAGCCUCAAGAAGUAUUUGAUCUUAUUAGCCAGCACUGCUCAUCUGCUUUUUUUCUUUCCAUUCCCCUCCCCUGCCAAAAAAAAGUGUUUUUAAUUUCUCUACCAAAGAAAAUGCAAGAGCAGGUUUCCAUUCUUAAUGUUCAAGAAAGGUGAGCUGCAUGGUUUAGCUGGAAGGGAGAGCACGAGGAGACCUGUGCGUGGAGGGUGUGUUUGCUGAGCCUGUGGUCUCUGGCAUCUGCAGUGACACUGGGACAGAAGCCGUGGGUCCAACGUGCAAACAGCCGCAUCUCUGAGUGCUGGCUUCUCCCAAGGUUUAGGGGGAGAAGGGUGGCGUUUUCUAGCCAACACGUUCCCAACCUAACCCUGGCUCCUCUUGAAGCUUUAGCCGCCAGGAAGGGAGUAAAAUGUUGACAUUUUUCCAUCACUUCCCAAAACAUUUCGGCUUGGAUUUCUUUUGGUCACUUAAAAGAUGGAAUUUUGUGAGGGAAGCAUUUGAAUCAAAUCAGCAUCAGACUUGGUAAAAACUGGACAUAAAAUUAUCUGGGAUCAUUCUUGUUCGGUGGUCAGCUGGAGAGGGGAACUUGCCUCCAGUGAUAAGCCAAGCAGCCUCGAUUCGUGUUUGUGGGCACAAAUCCAUCAAACAGCCUCUGCCUGGGGGUGGGGGAAGCAGGGGAGCCAAGCGCCUGCCAAGCCUUGUUUCUUCCUCAGAAAGUGCCAGGUGUUCAUUCUGUGCUCCGGGUCUCCAGAAAAGUCUUGAUUCACACACAGUGCUGCUGCUUCGAGUGCGUCUCCUCGUUGUCUAAGGAAAUCCCCGGUUCUGGCACCUUAACAGCAAGCACUGCACGGAAAUCUCGUUUCUAAUCUGCAUCUUUACAGUCAAACACACCUUUUGCUUGCAUUCUCCACGCAUAACCAAAGAACGCAUACGUUAGGAAAAUGGUAUGAUAAUAGCUGGAAACACAUAGCACUUUGCUCUGGCAGGGGAUUUUGUAAAAAUGCAGAAAAAAGACC